AUGAAUGUCUUACCUGCUCAGCCAACCGGCAUACAAAGUACAGCUGGAGCAGUACCCAUUCGAAAUGAGAAAGGUGAAAUUUCUAUGCAAAAAGUCAAAGUCCAGAGGUACAUUUCGGGUAAAAAGCCAGAUUAUGCACAAGGAGUUUCCUCGUCUGAAGAGUCUGAUGGUGAAGAUUUUAUUGAACAACAAAAACCGGAACGCAGACUUCAGAUUAUAUCUCAAAUUGGCAAAAAUGAGGAGCAGAGUGAUUUAGAAAAGGAAGUUGAUGAUCCUCGGUUGCGUCGCUUACGCUUGGCGACAAGAUCACCCAAUCGACGUUCGGAGCAUAGGCCAGAAAUAAUUGAUGCAGAACCGGAACCGGAGUCAGAGUCAAGUGCUGAGGAAGCGCGCCAUAGUUCCGAGAGUGAUGAUGAUUUAGAUGAGGAAGAGAUAGAGAAACGGCGGCAAGCGUUAAAAGCUAAAUUAGCUGCUAGGGAAGCAGAAAAGGAAGUUCUGGGAAGAGAUGAGGAUGAGGAAAUGUUGGAUGGAGAAAAGGAGGAGAGUGAUUCGUCAGAUACAGAAUACACAGACAGCGAGGAGGACACAGGUCCGAGGGUAAAACCCGUGUUUGUCAGGGCGUCGGAAAGAAUGACCGUUGCGGAAAAGGAACGCAAGAUGAAACAGCAGAAGAAGGAAGAGUCGGACGCACGAAAAGAGAAGGAGGAGAGGAGAAGGGAAGCAUUGAAGUUGGUCGAGGAAACGAUUCGUUCGGAACAAAGGGGCGCGCAGGGGGAUCAAAAGGAGGCUAAUAUUAAUGACGUGUGCACUGACGACGAAAACGACGAAUUGGAGUACGAAGCAUGGAAGCUGCGUGAAAUGAAAAGGAUAAAACGGGACAAGGAGGAAAGAGAGGCAAUAGAAAAAGAACUGCUUGCCAUAGAGCGCUUGCGUAAUAUGACUGAGGAAGAACGUCGCGUCGAGCAACGUCUCAAUCCCAAAAUUGUCACAAAUAAAUCGGUCAAGGGCAAGUACAAGUUCCUGCAGAAGUAUUACCACAGAGGUGCCUUUUAUCUGGACAAAGACGAUGACGUUUAUAAACAAGACUUCUCUGGUCCUACGCUCGAUGACCAUUUCGACAAGACUGUUUUGCCAAAGGUGAUGCAGGUGAAGAAGUUCGGCCGCUCCGGGCGCACGAAGUACACGCACCUGGUCGACCAGGACACGACCGAGUUCGACUCGGCGUGGAACGGCGACGGCGCCAACGCCCGCCUGGCCAACUUCCGCGGCGGCAUGAGGCAGGUGUUCGAGCGGCCGUCGGCCAAGAGGAAGCACGCGGUC